UCAUUUUCUACCAUAUUACCUCUUAAUCUUCUUCUUCUGUUACUGUAAUGUCAUUGUUUACUUUUCAGACUUCUGUCCAUUUAAAAUUAAGACUACUUAACAACCAUGAUAAAUCACCAUUAAACAAGUUCCCAACAAGAUUAUCAAUAUCAAAUUCUCAGAAACCCGAAUGUCAGUUUCCGCAAUAUUUACCGGCAAACCAGAGUGUUGCGGCCGUGGUGUUUGGACAGACAUCACAGAACUCGAGAUUAUAUCCAUUGACAAAGAGAAGAUCAGAAGGCGCGGUUCCAAUUGCAGGAAGUUAUAGGCUUAUUGAUGCAGUUAUAAGCAAUUGCAUCAAUAGCAAUAUAACAAAAAUAUAUGCACUUACACAGUUUAAUUCAACUUCUUUGAACUCGCAUCUGUUGAGAGCAUACUCUGGGGGGCUGCUAUCAAACCAUGAAUUUCUUGAAGUAAUUGCCGCUUAUCAGAGUCCAGAAGACGAUAACUGGUUCCAGGGAACUGCGGAUGCUAUGAGAAGAUGCUUAUGGGCAUUAGAGGAGCAUCCUGCCGUUGAAUUUUUGGUUCUUCCAGGACACCAUCUUUACAAGAUGGAUUAUCAGAAACUAAUAGAAGCACACAGGACUAAUAAGGCAGAUUUAACCGUUGCAGUUUUGGAUAGAAUGAGAGAUUACAUCACGGGUUUUGGUAGUUUCAAUGUAGAUUUUAGAAAUCGAGCUAUUGGAUUUGUUGAGGAACCAGAGUUGAUGCCAGUUUUUCAGGUUAAUGGCUUAAAGUUAGACAAUGGUUUAUAUGAAAAGUUUCCUAGUAUGGGGAUUUAUGUCAUCAAUAGACAUGUCAUGAUAAAGCUUCUAAAAGAAUCAUUUCCUAAAGCAAAUGAUUUGAAAAAUGAAGUAAUACCAGGUGCAAUAUCCUUAGGAUUGAAGGUCCAUGCUUAUCAGUUUGAUGGAUACUGGGAGGACAUGAGAAACAUCAAAGCAUAUUACGAAGCAAACUUGGAAAGUACAAAGAAAACAAACAUGAAAUAUAACUUUUAUGAUAAAGAUUUUCCAGUGUACACUUUGCCUCGUCGUCUGCCUCCGUCUUUAGUAACAGAUGCCGUCAUCACAGCUAGUGUCAUUGGUGAUGGUUGCAUUAUAAAUAGAUGCAGCAUCAGUAGUUCAGUCAUUGGUCCAAGAACAAGGGUUGGAGAUGGAGCUGUAAUACAAGAUUCAGUAAUAUUGGGAUCAGAUAUCUACCAGGUAAUCACGACUAUUCCAAUUGGUGUUGGUGAUGGUUCAUUCAUAAAGAAAGCUAUCAUAGACAAGAAUGCGAAGAUUGGCAAAAAUGUUAAGAUAAUUAACAGGGACAAUGUAGUAGAAGCAAACAAUGAAACUGAUGGCUACAUCAUAUCAUCGGGCAUAGUUGUUAUUAUGCGAGGUGCAGUAAUCCAAGACGAAAGAAUCUUAUGACAUGAUAAUUUUGACUUAUAUAUGUCUGCUGAUCAUUUUGAUCCCCUUCAAACAACACCAGAAUUGAUUCACAGUUUUGAAGGUAUAUAUACUGCUGUAGGGAACUGAAAGUCAAUGAUCAAAUGGUGGAUAUACUGCUCGAGUAUUGAGAUUGUGUUAGAUUAAGAAAAUUUAGCCCAAAUUUCGAUUAUCUUUAUUGCAAUUGUAUUCAAAUAAUAAUGUAUAUAUAUAGUAUAAAAGGGAUGAAUA